AUGCCCCAUGAUCAGGAGCGCUCGCACCCAGAGAAAAUGUGGGAUCCAUUGGAAGAAGUGAACAUUGUAGCGGAUCACGAUGAAUUAAGGAACGAGAGCGGGUUUCUGGAAACAGUUGUCGUCAGUGAACAUGUUUUUGCGUUCAUUGGCAUUUUCUGUCGUAAGCUUUAUCGCAGUCAACUGCGCCCAAAGGAGUGUGGAAAACAAAAUGUGAGCGGAAAUAGUGUGCCAGAUGUACUGGAUUUAAUCUGGGGAGUGGCGAAGAAAGAAAUUCAUCGAGCGGUAAUUUACGAGAACGAAGUUCCUCGCUGGGCUGAUGAUGACCCCAAACAAGAAGAUAUGGAAAGUUUUGUGACCUUACAGGACACCGAGAAGAAGAAACUUUACAUCGUUCCUGCAGUCACACCAAGGGUGCUGCGAAAUUGGCGAGGAAAAACCAUCAAAAUUGUUGUGCAUGUUUAUUCAACUAACGUUGAAAACAACACCCAGUAUCAGCAAGUGCAUCGAAAGUUGAUCGCUUCUCAAAAUCCAGACCGAUCUGGCGCUGAUUGUACCCUGGAUGAGUAUACUUUGGCGAAUGAGCUUCGCGAUGGACAUCCUGAUAUAGAGGGACACCAUAGUUCUUGGUUACUGUGCGCGAAUUUUAUCAACUCAUCACCGGCACAUGAACGCGAUCGACUGAAACAGGCCCGAGAACCUCCGCUAAACUUGGCGAAGUUUUUCCGUUGGACGUCUGUCUCGGAGGCAGCAAGACUGCAGUCACUAAGCAGAGGACUUGUCGUAGCAAAAACUGUAAACCAAAGCUGGUCCAAAGAAAUCGCCGAGGUAAGAAAGGAUGCUGAUCUUGCGCUGUCUAUUCUGCAAGGAAUGGUGAACAAAUUGCAUGUGAUGGAAUCUCGAGCGAACACGGAUUUGGAGCUUUUGACGGCGAUGACAUCAGCGACACAACCCGAAGAAUGCGAGCUUAGUCACACUCUAGCAGAAAGAGUCGUAGAUUGUGCUGACUUAGAUCAUUCUUAG